AUGCUGCUCACAGUUCUGCUGAGCUGUGUCUUGCUGCUGGCACUGCCCACCAUGCAGGGGGCCCAGAUGGGCAUGGCCCCCCUGGACGGCAUCAGAAGAGCAGACCAGGUUCUGCUGCCAGAGCUGCCAGGCCUGGGCCUGCGCCCCACGCUGAAAAGGACAAGCGCUGAACUGGCAGAAGAGGCUCUGCUGCAGGAGGCCAAGGCCUUGGCAGAGGUGCUGGACCCGCAGGGCCGCGAACCGCGCACCCCGCGCCGCUGCGUGCGGCUGCACGAGUCCUGCCUGGGCCACCAGGUGCCCUGCUGCGACCCGUGCGCCACGUGCUACUGCCGCUUCUUCAACGCCUUCUGCUACUGCCGCAGGCUGGGCACCGCCGCCAACCCCUGCGGCCGCACCUAG